AUGGGAUUUGAUGGGGGUCAGCAGCAGAAGACGACCCUAUUUCCAAACAGAAAUCACUGGCUUCAGUGUUCUGGUAUCCUGCGGUCGUUUCUGGGGGAUAGUGACAAGGAAACUGUCAACGCCCUCAGAUACCAGCCCUUUGGAGAAGCCCUGGGAAAUGUAGGGAGUGUUGGUGUGGCUGGGCUUUACAUACAGCAUGACACAGACAGAAAGAUGCCCUCCCCUUCCCCACCCCUGACAGUACCAUUAAGUGUGGAUUCCCCAUCUCAGAACACCUACACCUUCAUCACAUACUCAGAUGCCUUGAACUUCAACCUCGCCUCCACUCUCUUCUCUAUCCUUGCCAUCCUCAAACCACCUUCCAGUCACAGCCCGUGCAGAAACGCGUGUGGGGGCGGCAGGCUGGACGCCUCACCGCGCUCCCCUCCCCGGGUUCCCUUCCAGGGAGGCUCCGGCCCCGCCCGCCCAGCUCGGCGGCCCCCGCGGCGCCCAUCACACACCUGCGGCGCCCGGGACCACUCGCGGCCGCCCCCCGCGCACCGGCGCCCACCCGGGCCGCCAGCUCCCGCGGCGGGCUUCCACUCGGGUCGUCUCCGACCAGACGGCCGCCGAGUCGGAGGAGGGCCCCGCAGGGCGGAGCGCGCUCGCAGCCGCCGGCGGAGGAGGGACCGGGCAGGACCGGCAGAAGGGAAGGAGCCGGUCGCCGCGGCCGGGGAAGGGCCCCGCGCUCCGCCUCCCGCUCACGCCCCGCCGGCCCCGGCUCCUCACCUCACAGCCUCCGGCUCCCUCGCGGCGCCCGCCCGAAAGCCCUCCCGCGGCGGCGGAAGUCCAGCGCAGCCCUCCGCAUCCUCCCAGCGCGCCCUGCCGGCCGGACUUGCUGAGGCGGGGUCUCCGCCGGCGCCCGGCUCCUCUCCCGGCGGGUCCACACCGCGUCUCUCGCUCAUCCGGAAAGCCGCGGCUCGGCUCGGGGGCAAAGGGAGGCGCCUGAAAAACAAUCGUGCUGCUUUGGCCGCCGCCCGCACCUUCCCGAGCUCCGGGUCCGGGCCCGGAGACGGCGCCGCGGAGGCCGGCGCGGGCCGCGGAGGGCGGGGCGGGGCCGGCCCGGGGCCCGGGUGCACUCACCGCCGCGGCACGUCCCUGUUUGCGGGCGGCGCAGGCCGUUCGCCGCCGGAGCCCGCCGGACGCCGCGGAAAGGAAAGGCCGGAGCCCUCGGGCUCCCUCCCCUGGGACACUUCCUGCUCCGCUCUAGGACCGGGGAGGUCUCCGCAUCUCACUGGUUCGCUCCCCCGCCCCCCGGCCGAGGUGUGCGCUGGGGGUGACACCCGACACCCCCGGCCCGCCCCGCUCCGCGCGCGCCCAGGCCUGGCCGCCGGGCCGGGGGCUUUGUGGGUCAGCCACGUCGCCGCGCCCGGGCCUCCCCGCGGGCCCGCCAGGGGGAGGCGCGCGGCUGGCGGGAGGCCGAGGCUUCGAGGCGCGGCGGGGCGGGGGCUGCGGGGGCGCUCGCGGGGGCGGCCGCGGGUCCGGAAGGGCAGCCCGGGGGCUGUUUGCUCCGCUCUUCUCGUGUCUGCUGCGCUUCCAGGACACGCGGGCCGGUGGACGCCCGGAACAGCCUACCGGGAGUCGCGGCUGAGGCUGAAAGCUGGAACUGGGGUGCGGGAUGGAGAGUGGGGGGGAAUUCCCGGCCGAAGCCGGGGCCGCCAGCUCCUCCUGCGGCUGCGGGACGCGCCUUCCGGGCCUGACGCCACGUGCAGGGUCCCGGGACCGAGAAAGGCCGCGCAGCCGGAGGCCUCUCCGAGCACGGGACAACCCUGGGAAGGGCGCACAGUGGCUGCUGGCCGUGGGCGCUGCCUCCUCUGCACUGCUGGAGGGAGUAAUCGCUUUUGACUGGCAGAGUCUCUGCGAGCCCGGGUUUGUCAGUGUCCACAUUCCGACCUGAGCAGGAGAUGGACCGAGCGAAGGAGUGAAGCCCUUGGUGGUGAACAGUGAUCGUCCCCCAGAUGACAGCCUGAUGCCAGUAAAUAAGGAGCGAGUGUGGCGUUGUAUUUUAUGAACCAUCUUGGCUUGCCAUCGUACUCAGUUUUUGUUCAAACACCAGUCAGGCUGUUUCUGUGAGGCUGUUUUUUAGAUGUGAUUAAUCGUUCAAUCUGUGGUCUUUGAAUGCAGCGGGUUACCCAUCAUAACGUGGGUGGGCUCCAUCAGAUCUGUUGAAGGCCCUAAGAGCAAAGCCCGCGGUCUCCUGAGGAAGGAGCUCCGCCUGCGGACUUGAGGCAGCCUCGACUCUGGAUCUGCAGCCUGCACUGCGGAUUUUGGACUUAGAAGCCCUUGCAAUCUACAGAGCGCAUCAGUUCCUUGCAGGAAAAGAAUCUCUCUCUCUCAUCUCUCUAUUGAUCUCUAGCUCAAUAUCCCCCACCCCCUUCCCUCUUCCUGCUCCAUAUGUUAUUUGUUCUGUUUCUCUGGAGAACCCCGACUGUGACACAGGGCCCUUAGCUGACAGGGAUAAGAGCGGGUGGAAUGUGACAGCAGGAGGCAGAGGGCCGGAGACAGUCAUCUUGCAGAGUGGAAAGGUGAAUGGACGGUAGCAAAGGAAACUGUGAAUGAUGGAUAACCCCGAAAGUGAAGUGUGCACAGGGAAAUGUGCUGUAUGGCUUAAAGCCCAGGGCUUUGCAGGUAGGCAGCUAUCACCCUCUGAUGUCGGCCCCCUGUGGAGGCCAUCGUGCCUCAAAACGUGCGUGUGGACUACAACAAAUGCAAGUGUGCAAUAUGUGAAGCCCCACCACCCAUCACUGGACCAACCGCACCUGCCUUCUCUGGGAGCUGUCAGAACCCACAGGCCCCAACCACAGCCUGCACGCUAACCAGGCAGCAGGGACUCCGUUGCUUUUUGCAGUGCGAGAAGCUCUUGUAAGCUGGGCGUAGCAGAUACUCAAUAAACUGUGCUUUAGGAACAGUCCUCGGAAUAAGUGCUAGUUCUUACUGUGUUGGACACAGACUUAGAGGGGACAUGGACAGCAAUGGCACUGAUCUGGUCCCUUAUUGUGGUCUGUGGAAAGGGGUUAGUGAGAAGCUAUUCGGUGAAAGAGCUUUGCAUGAUUAUAUUUUCUCACUAUAGAAGCCUCUCAACUGUCACAGAGGCCUGUUCAUCUCUUUUUUUUGUUGUUGUUGUUGAAAGCAAGAAAACACUUUGAGGUCUGCAGGUAGACUGACAUAACCCUCUCUCAGAGGCUCCAGUGAAAGUACCUCUAAAAAUGGCGGAUUUAUCACUGAAGAGAUGACAUCUCUUUCUUUGAAAUGUGUAUUGGAUGCUAUGGUCAGGAAAAUAAAGCGGAGACCCCAACCAUUGGUAUUUGGAGCUAA